AUGCUGGCAGUUAUGCUCAUGGAGGUGUACACGGUUGGCUGGAUAUGCGCACUUCACGCGGAGUUGACCGUGGCAAAAGCGAUGUUAGAUGAAGAGCACGAUCGUUUACCUCAGGACCUGGCCGACAAAAACACUUGCCUUCCCGCCGGGGUUAUCGGUACCAUUUCCGCCGCCGCGGUAGCAAAUCGCAUGCUGUUGACAUUUCCCUCCCUUCGGCUUCGCCUCAUGGUUGGAAUCGGGGGUGGAGCGCCUGGGGAACGCGACAUUCGAUUAGGGGAUGUAGUGGCUGGUAUUCCCAGCGGACCCCACAGAGCCGUUCUCCAGUAUGAUUUUGGCAAAACAAUUCGGAAUGGCGAGCUUAUUACUACCGGCUCACUUAACCGACCUCCAGAUGUGCUUCUGACCGCUGUGAACAUACUCAAGUCCGAGCAUACGCUGCGUGGCAACAGUUUGAGCACUUCCGUCAAGGAAAUGCCAACUCGGUUCCCUCUGCUACGGAAAGAUUUCUCGUACCCAGGCUUCCAGCAAGACACGCUGUACGAAGCCGAAUACGACCACCCCGGCGACGAUGCAUCAUGCGAGCGAUGCCAAAGCGCCAGAGAAGUGAGGCGCGAGCCAAGACCGUCGCCCGAUCCCGUGGUCCACUAUGGGCUCAUUGCUUCUGGAAACCAGGUUAUGAAGCACGGUCCAACCCGCAAUCGUAUACGUCGGGACCACAAGGUCCUGUGUUUCGAAAUGGAGGCUGCCAGUUUGAUGGAUGAGUUCCCAUGUCUCGUGAUCCGGGGUAUCAGCGACUACUCGGAUUCCCACAAGAAUAAGGAUUAG